AUGGCGGACGCAACGGGGCAUACGUGGAACAGCGUCUUGACGACAUGGGAGGCAAGCAGCUCGAUUGACAAGCUGUGUCUCAUCAUUACGGACGACUGGAGUAUCGAGUACUCCAAGAACAAGCACAAAAGUCCCUUCCUGAUACAAAGUCGCAAGCCCUGCGAGAUAAACUUGGAGCUUGCUUCCUUCGUCUUGAAGAACUUUCGAGACCCAACUGAAAUUUUCAAAGAAGGGAUUCGGGUGGGGAGAGAGAAGUACUUUGCUCUUCACUGCAACCCACGUACCAUACACUGCAAGUACGAAAGCUUGUCAUUCGUCUCAUCUUACAACUCAUCCAGGAAGGGAGCUUCGGGUAUCAUCUUCGUCAGGUGCAGAGGAGCAUGUAUAGUCGUUCAGUAUUCAGCUCCCAUCACAGCAAGUCAGUGCCUGUGCUAUGUCGAGUCCCUUGCCGACAUCGCCAACGAAGGUAUCGCGGGAGUUCACACCGGGGUUGCCGUCACAGGGGAAGGAGACAACAGCUAG